CUCGUGAGCACACUUCCACUCUUUCUACCACUUCGAAUCACUCCGGCGAGAUAUAGUCGCAUAGGUUAGUGCAAUAUGAAUAGAAGAUGAGCCAAAACCUAAACGGAAUUAACCAUAAAACAUAAUUAGGCCUACAGCGUGUUAUGUUCAUGUAGCCUAAUUUGCCGUUCCCAUCUCUUUGCGCUGUUGCAUCCGGCUUAUUAGGGAUUUAUGCAGUUUAUUUGUUUGCAGUUGUGAGAUAAAAGCUCGACUUAUUCAGCGGUUUCUGAUAGGGGUUUCGUUUCUGUUUUUCUGUAGUUGUCAAAGCGGAAUGAAUGACAAAGACAAAGGCUGAUGUUAAUUCGCCAACUCACUUUGUCUCGCCGAAGGAAAGGAGACACAGGCACAAAAUGGAAAGCGGGACGGAGAGCAUCGACAGCGGGCAGGCGAAGCCCCAACAACAGCACCAGUUCGAGCAACAGCCCGUAGUGCAGCCCAUUCAAGUCAACGCAAAGAAAAAAAUUAAUCGGGCUCCAUCACCCGCCAGACCCAAGGAUGUGCCUGGAUGGUCCCUCACCAAGAUCCGAGGAGGAAUCGGUACACCAACACUGAGCGUUAAACCAGGAUCCAUACAUUUAGGCAGCCGGGUGUCCAGGCGUAGUCCGGUUAGCGGGAAAGAGACAAAAUCUGAGAAAGGAAAACUGCCGGGAAAAUCCACACUAUCGGUUGCCAGUGCCCAGAAGAGCGGCAGUAAAUCGAUGAAAGGUGGUCGGAGGAAGGUGUCUGAUGCGAGCAACGCCUCCGACGACCUGAGCAAAGACUCCGGUUGCGCUGCGGGCAAACUGUCGCCAACGGAUAGCAGUUCCGAGCUCUCCGAUUGCGCCUCCGAGGAGAAUAAACUCUUCACCGACGCUCUGAGUAGUGACACGGAAUCCAACAGCCGAGGCGGGGGGCUUGAUGGCGAUAAACCGAGCAGUGACUGCGUACAUGGGCCACUGGAUAAGGGUAGUCGUGGUGACCAUCACGCCAAGACCCCAGUGGAUAAGGACCGACUCUCCCUGGCAGUGGAGACCGUGGGGGGGAGCAUUUCUCCCGGGGAUGAACGGUCUCUCACCUCGUUCGACAGCCGGGUGCCUGCCAGCACAUCCCUGGCUUUCUCCGACCUGACGGAAGAGUUCAUGGAUGGCAUGCAUGAAGAAUUUGUCAGGGAAAUCGAGGAACUGAGAUCAGAAAACGAUUACCUAAAAGAUGAGAUGGAGGAGCUGCGCUCUGAGAUGUUGGAGAUGAGGGACAUGUACAUGGAGGAGGAUGUGUACCAGCUGCAGGAGCUGAGGCAGCAGUUUGAGCAGACCAACAAGACCUGCCGCAUCCUGCAGUACCGCCUCCGCAAGGCCGAGAGACGCAGCCUCCGCGUGGCCCAGACGGGACAGGUGGACGGGGAGCUCAUCCGAACCCUGGAGCAGGACGUCAAGGUGGCUAAAGAUGUGUCCAUCCGGCUGCACAAUGAGUUGGACUCUGUGGAGAAGAAGAGGGGUCGUCUGGAGCAGGAGAAUGAGGAGCUGAGGGUCAGGCUCCAGGACCUAGAAGUGGCCAAGCAGGUCCUGCAGGCUGAGAUGGAGAAGCAACGCGAGAACUCUCUGAAGAAGAGAGGCGCUCGGCCAAACAACAAGCCAGAGAAGAAGCCGUCUGUCCAGCAGGAGGACAACUCUGACCUUAAGUGCCAGCUCCAUUUUGCCAAGGAGGAGUCAGCGCUCAUGUGCAAGAAGCUGACCAAGAUGGCCAAGGACAGCGAGGCCAUGCGGGAGGAGCUGGCCAAGUACCGCUCGGUCUACGGCGACGUGGACGCCUCGCUCACCGUGGAGGAGGUGAACGACUCGCCCCACACCCGCGAGGCCGAGGUUAGAGUUCACCUGAAGCUGGUGGAGGAGGAAGCCAACCUGCUGAGCCGGCGCAUCGUGGAACUGGAGGUGGAGAACCGUGGCCUGCGGGCCGAGAUGGACGACAUGAAGGGCCAGGAGCUGCCACCAGGGCUGGGGGUCGGAGGCAUGGGAGGCCCUGGAGGAGGAGGUCUGGAGAAUGUGAUGGAGAUCCAGAGGCACCUGCAGUUUGUGGAGGAGGAGGCAGAGCUGCUGCGGCGCUCGCUGCUGGAGAUGGAGGAGCAGAACAAGCUGCUGAUGAACGAGAUCAACCGCUACAAGUCGGAGCUGCCGCUGGCGUUGGACCCAGACCAGAACGACUCCUCAUCCAUCUCUCUCCUGGAGGACGGUCAUGGUGGGGGGGCUCUCAUCAGCACCGAGGCACCCCAGGAGGAGCUGCUGCAGGCCGCCAGGCUCCAGAUCGGGGAGCUGAGCGGCAAGGUGAAGAAGCUCCAGUACGAGAACCGUGUGUUGCUUUCCAACCUGCAGCGCUGCGACCUGGCCUCCUGCCACAGCUCUUCUAGGCCAGCCCUGGAGACCGACGCUGAGGCAGGGGACUCGGCCGAGUGCCUCCCCAGCCAAGCGCGCCGUGAAGGCCCCAUCGGAGGGGAGAACGAGCCCCUGGAGGAGAGGGAGAAGAAGACGUCCACGGGGGUUCCCUUUCACCUGCACGGUAACGUCCCCCUGGGGCUGAAGGACCAUGAGGCCCUGCUGGCCAUGAGGGACCAGGCCCGCCUCAUCUCUACAGCCAUCCAGCUGCUGACCGCUUCCGACUCCAACUGCCCCUCCCUCUACCGCAAGAUCUCCUCCACCUCCUCCGGGGAGGCUGCAGAGCCCUGUGUCCCAGAGAAGAGCCAGCAGGCCCAACCCUCUGAGCUCCAGGACCUGCCCCUGGUGGAGGCUCUGACGGGCAGGCUGCGAGCGCUGCACACCCAGCUCCAGGCCUUCGUGAAGCGAGUGGAGAGCCUCGGCAGCGCCCCUCCUGGGAGAGAGCAGGUGGAGGGGACAUCGCCCCUGCCUCUACUGUCCGAAGCUGGAGACUCCGUGACGGAUGCACCCUCUGCCUCACACCCCUGCCCUCCAGACGACCAGGCGGGUGAGAUCACUGCAGAGCAGAAGCAGCCUGACUUUAGGGACCAAUCAGAGCACGAGGUGAAAGGUCAGGAGGAGGAGGAGGGUGACAGCCACACUGACAGCAACAAGAACCAGGAAACACAGGAGACGGAAACAGCCCUGCAGAUCAGUGAGCUGCAGGCUCUUCUGUGGGAGGCGAGGGAGAAUGCUCGCGGGAUGCAGGAGGAACUGACAGUGGAGAGACAGGCUCACAGAGACCCCACCCACAGCAGCUCACAGACAUUCACACAGCUGCAGGAGGAGCACCAGAAGGCCCUGACGCGGAGGGACUUCCAGCUACAGAGUCUGAGUCUGCAGACACGGCUACAGCAGAAGUUCUGGAGCCAGGAGAGGAACCUGAUGUUGCAGGAGUCCCAGCAGCUCAAGCAGACCCUGCUGCUGCUCAGCCUCAAGCUGCGCUGCUUCCUCAAACAGUGGCGGCUGGGACGCAAGCUGGACACGGAGGCCAAGGAUGUCUUGGAGGUGAACAGUCUGAAGGACCUGUACCUGCUGCUGGAGGAGGAGAGUCUGGCCGCACACCCUCACCAGGGAGACAACAAGAUGACCGCCGCAGAGGAGCAGCCCCUCUGCCCCUCCAUCUCCAAGGAGCUCUGUGUGCUGGAGAAGAGCUACAAACAGACGAGCGGCGUGAGCAGCACUCUGGCAGACCUGAAGGGAGCGCUCCAGGAUCUGAGCGGGGAGCUGCGAGAGGAGCGUCAGGGCUCUCAGGAACUGACCCAGCAGUUUGCCCGUGCUAAGGCCUCCUGGGAAGUGGAGAGGACAGAGCUCAAGAGCCUCAUCUCCCAGCUGGAGAGCAAGGUGGGCAAGGCUGACCUAGCCGGGGGGGAGAAGGACCUCCAAGGACCUCCCGAGCUGAAGGUGGCGCUGAAGAGGGAGCGUGAGGAGCACCAGCACCUCCUUGCCGACUCAUACGCCGCCGUCAUGGACCUGACCAAGCAGCUGCAGAUGGGCGAGAAGAACUGGAACCGCGAGAAGCUGGAGCUCCUAGAGCAUUUCAGUCAGGAGAGGGGCCAGUGGGAGCAGAGGCUACAGUGCAAGAUGUCUCUGCACGACAAAACCACCCCCGAAAGAGAAACUGCACCGGACGCUGUUACAAAUGGAACCAAUUUAUCAAGGACCAAGUCUGUCCCGUCCAUGUUGGAGGGUCUGCUGGAGGCCUGUCCUUUCCUUCCGGGUCAGGAGGUCAACGGGACAGCCAAUGAGGAGGGAGAGAAGGACCAGCCCAACAUCCAGGCCCCUGCCUUUCUAGCCCACACAGACCUGGGUGACCUCACCAGGAAGAACUGGAAGUACCUGACCAAUGAGAUGGCUCUGAUGGAGCAGGGCGAUGCCCCCUUCAAGACGUGGGACUGCCCCAGCUCCCCCAGCAGUUUCCUGGACCUGGAGAGCAUCCAGAGGAGCUACACGGCCCCCGACAAGACCGGCAUCCGCAUCUACUACAGCCCCCCCACCAUGCGCCGUAUGGAGAGCCGGCUGGCCAAGGAGAAGCAGGACAAACCUCAAGCCCAGCAAGGCCACCUGUCUCUGGCUUCAACUCCCUCAGACCCUGGGGCCCUGGAGGGCCAAUCUCCCUCCUCCUCUGCCUCCUCCUCUUCGUCCUAUGACCAGUGGUUGAGCUCUCUGUCCAAGCAGCACAGGGACCUUCUGGAGAACAGCUGCGGGGGCGCAGGGGUAGUGCCCUUCCACGGCCUGGAGAUCUCUGCCAACCUCUCGGACGACAUGAAGGAGAUGACCAACUGCGUGCGCCAGGCCAUCCGCUCCAGCUCUCUGGAGAGGAAGUGCAGCAAGGAUGCGAGCAGCCAGACGGUGGGGAUGUCUAGCCGCUCCACCCAGACGGCCCAGUUUGUGACUGUGGGACUGCAGACGGACGGGCUCGGGUCUCGGGGGGUGGGGGGCUUCCACACCAAAUCCUCCUGGUCCCCCCGGUCCUCGUCUUCACUGGCCUCGGCCCGCUCGCGCCACAUCUCCUCGUCACUGGAUAAGGUGCACAGCCGCAUCGACAGGCCCUGCUGCUCUCCCAAGUACGGCUCUCCAAAGCUGCAGCGACGCGUUUCCGCCUCAUCCUCCAAGCUGGACGGAGGAGGAUUGUCCUCGGCUUCCUCCAGAGACCGCAGCCUGUGGAACCUGCACCAGCGGUCCUCGACCUCCAGCGGCUCGGCCUGGGCCCGUUCCACCACCACCAGGGACAGCCCUGUGCUCAGCGGCCUCAAUGACGGCCUGUCCAGCCUGUUCAGCGUGGUGGAACACUCAGGCAGCAUGGAGUCCCUGUGGAAGAGUGAGCCAGGGGCCAGCCCAGCCCGCCAGGCAGCAGGGAAGCCCUCUGGCCCUGGACCAGACACCGGAGCCCAGAAAUACGGCCCCUUCCAGGAGUUUUUCAGGAACGUGUGCGGCCGGACCGGAACGACCAUGCCCGGGGGAGGGGAGAGGGGGCAGAGGGAGGUGGGGGCCAUGGAUGAGCCCAAGCCUGAAUUCCUCUCUGGGGCUUCGCUGGUGGGGAACGACAGCAUCACCAAGAUCGUCAACAAGAGGUUCAUGAGACAGAUGCCCAGGGAGGAGCUGGGGGCCACUGCUAAUGACCCCACUGCCAGGGAUCUGACCUUGAGCUCCAGCAUGGAGGAUGCAGCGUGUGAUUGUAACUCCCAGUCUCUUACUUCCUGCUUCACCCGGCCCUCCCGCUCAGCCACACGUCAUUCACUGGGCCACUGCAUGCACCGCUCCCAGGAGCCUCCCACGGCAACGGAGGAGAGAGUGGAUGCAGGCAAUGAGUGAUGGAUCAGUGAGAGCACGGACGCUCACACUGUCACACACAAAAAAACAUGCAUACUGCCUCACCAACACACUGCCACAUAAGCUACAGAACUGUCACAAAACGUAGACACAAACAUCUUAGCUACACCAACACACUGCUACAUACAUACUGUACAUACACACAAUCCCUCACAAACUGCCACACAGAACCACUGUCACAUGCACACACACACAGACACACACACACACAGAUGUCUGGAAUUGGAACAACCCAAGCAGCACAUUCUAAUGCCAAGGAUAAAGGGAGACCAGAAUCUCCUAGGAUUUCUCUUUGAGCACCAGAACCACAACCAUCUACCAGCAGGACAACAACCCCACACACAACACACAUACUGGAACAGUAAUGACACACUACUCCCUAUAUAAUGCAGUAUUUAGGGAAUAGGGUGCUAUUUUGGAUGCAGACAGUUUGUGGAAACGACCACCUAGGAAUUCAGACAGUCUUAUAUGAUGUCAGAACCCACAACACUCUACUUUACCCGGAAAUUUUGGAAUUGCACAGGGAAAACACAUACUGGGCUACUAGAUUUCUACAAAGUGGAUCUUCUUACCAACCAACAGAGAUAUGAGGUGGUUGGUUAGCUGAUCCCAUUCCCAAUACCAAUCCCAUUCCCUGUCCAAUUCCCUACCCAACACCAGUCCCUUCCCAACCCAGCAUCUGGAGAGCUCUGUCCAAACCUCCUCCCUGACACCAAGCAGAGUAUUCUACUGGUGUGGACCACCUCUUGCCAUUGUCAACCAACAACCAUCAAAAACCAUCUCAUCAACGUAUGUUCAUUUUUUAUGUCAACUGCCUCCCUGUUGUUUUUCUGAAAGACUUUAAUCCGAUGACGGGGUAGGACAUUUAUGUCCUUAUGUUACGUAUGAUAUGAUGAUCCUAUGUUUUCUAAAGGUUGUUUGAAUGUUUGUAAUAUGCCUGUUAUAGUGUAUGAAGUGUAGGCUGUAGCUGUAUAAGAGGAUCUAAACCCAGCUGUAAAGAUAACUCCCUGCCAGGAAAAAACACUAACUUCUUGUCCCAUUUAGAGAGACAAUGCAUUCCUUUGUUACGUUACAAUUCCAGUUCCACUCUGGCUUAUCUGUUAGCGUGUGAGUGUGCGUGCGUGCACUGGGUGUGUGUGUGUAUGAGAGACAUGCUCAUUUUCAGCAUUCUAGAAUGCCUUUGCAGCAUUCCCAUAUAGUGAAGGUACAGUGAGGGAAAAAAGUAUUUGAUCCCCUGCUGAUUUUGUACGUUUGCCCACUGACAAA